CAAACACACACAACACACACACAGAAGAAAUAUAUAAAUAAAUAUUUGACAAUGAAGAAGAGCUCAACACUGACGACGACAACGUCGAUGCCGACGAGUCCAACGCUCUCGGCCCAAACGCUCUCCGCCAGCAAGAUGAGCCUGAGCAGCAGCAGCAGCAGAUCGGGUCGAUCUUCCUCCUGCCAAUCGCACGGGCCCAUUCGUCCUGGCAGUGGCUGCGUGGACGCCAUCAAAGCCAAGCGCGAGGAGAUCGAAAUGGAUACCAUACUCGAGAAGGCAAAAUUCUACACCUCCGUGUGCCUUGGUACGACUGCCAUACUGUCGGUGUUCACAUUCCUCUUCCUGAUACCCUUCGUUGUCGAUCCCGCCAUCUCAACAAUCAUUGCGGAUUAUGAUCCGGUGCCGGUGACGUGCAUCGUCAUCGAUCACAUCUAUGCGGAGGGCAUCAAGAACUGCAGCUGGAGCUCCUGUCGCGAGGGCUGCACCUCAUCACUCACAAAGUGCCAUCAGUUGUUUGUCAACUAUACGCGCAUACCGUUUAGCGAAUGGGAGCGCAAUCCUCGAGACUUGGAGAGAGUCAACUGGGAUGUUAGCUAUACUAAGUUUCUCAUCAAUUCCGAGGGUUGUGGCUAUCCGCCGACGACCAACUGCAGUGUCUUCGCCAGGCAAUAUGGCUUCUCUCACAUUGGUGAGCCAUUUCCCUGCUAUUAUAGUCGCGCAUAUCCAGAAGUUGUUAUCGGACGUUAUUCGUGGGAGAAUAAUCUGUAUCAUUUGGUGCUCUCGCUGAUCAUACCGAAUGUGCUGUUUGCCAUCUCGAUUGGGGUGCUCAGCUAUUGGUAUUGUCCUUGCUGCGAGAAGGCGUGCAAUAAAUCUUCGCGCGUCUAUGCCGAAAAGUUUCCAACCAAGGAAGAGAUCGUAAACUGCAUGAAAUGUAAUACGGAAAAGUCGUUAUCUUUGAAUGUAUUUUAAACAGUGCCUGAAUUUUUGAGCCCCAUUUUAAAGAGAGUAGGUUCAAAUGCGAGCGAUGGAUUUAAACUUUGUUUCUAGAGAUGUUAGUUCUAAGCCGACAAACAAACAAAAAGAACACCAAUCAAUUGAUAAAAUUCUAUGUACUUAAAUUCAGCACGCUCACAAAAAAACAACACAAAAAAGAAGAAAAAAAAACACCAAACAAAUCGAAGCAAAGAAUCGUUACUCUGAAGUGUCCUUAGCAUAUAUAUUCUCACGCAUUAUAGCCGAUCUCAGCUUUAAGCUGCCAUCAUCUCGUAGAGCACCUCAAGAACUCAACGAGUUCCAUUUGAGCUAUCCAAACCAAGACUAUUCUUAUACAACUAAUGAGCACAAAACUGAUAGAUAUGCAUAUUAUAUACAUAUAUACAACUAUUUCGUAUAUUAGUCAACAACAAAAUAAUAUAAAUAUAUAGCUAGAAGUUCUUUGGUAUUUUCAAGUACCAUCUACAACAAUUAUGCACUUGUCCAAGGGAAAUAAAUAUUAUUAUUCACUCAACAUCGCUCAGUUCAUAUUUGACCAAAAAAAAAAUAUAUAUAU